CUAUUCCACUUUCCUUAAACCAAUCCAGUUUCCUUAAUUACUGCUCAAGGGAGAGAAAAAAGACAUGGCUCCGAAAUUGAAACCGGUUAACCCGAAUCCCGACACGACUACCAACGAGAUCCAUUUCCGCGGUGUGAGAAAGCGUCCAUGGGGCCGUUACGCAUCUGAGAUCCGUGACCCGAGAACAAAGGCCCGAGUCUGGCUCGGUACAUUCGACACUGCCGAGGAGGCAGCGCGUGCUUAUGACGCGGCGGCACGGAAAUUCCGUGGCGCCAAGGCCAAGACAAAUUUCAUCUAUAGUACCGUUAAAGACAUCGCCCGAAGCCCCAGCCAGAUCAGCACCGUGGAGUCCUCUUCUCCGCCACCGUUGGACCUCACACUCGCCGGCGGAUCUCCUUCGCUUCCCUUGACGAAGAAUAAUCCGGCAUUUAUCUUUGAUGUCUUUACUUCUGCCGGUAAGAUCAUCUCCGAUGCCGGAGGGGCACAAAGCGACACCGAUUCGUCAUCGUCGGCUGUUGACUUUGAACAAGGCGUGCAACCGAGAGUGUUCGAUCUUGAUCUUAACCAGUUGCCUGCUGAAAUGUUUUGAUUUCUCUGUUAUUUUACCGGACGUCGUUUUUAACUUCGGCUCUCUGCGUUUUCGCUUUCCUUCCUUUUCGAAUGUUAAAAGCUGACAUGUAACGUAUAUAAAAGGAAGAUAAAUUCUAUAGAUGUAUUUUUGGCAACGUGAGGAAGCUUUCUCAAUGUUGUUUCUACUUAAUUGUAUUUUAAGAAUUA